AUGCAAGGCGAAAACGCCAAGUCUGAUGCGACAAGCAGGAUCAGAUUGCCAGACUUCCGCGAUGUGACGCGAGAACUGAGUGAUGCUUGUCGUAGUGAGUAACGGAGAGGACGCCAUUGGGAAUGCUGCUCAGCAUAAGCAUUAUCAUCUCACUUGCUCGGCUUCUGCAGGCUUGGACAAUGAGACGCUGGUGCAUAGCGAAGGCUUUGCACUGCUGGACUCGAUGGGCGCCAUCGAGGUGAUGGAACCUCGGAUGGACAGCGGCAUCUUUCCUGUCCCGCACGCUCUCGUAGCAGAGUGCGAUAGGCCUCCUUUAUCGUUAUUAGGCGAAGAUCAUACAACACCUCCAUUUGACGUCACUGCGAAGCUCUCGGCCGAGGAAAUGUGUUGGGUGAUGGACAGAUUGUUAGCGUGCGAGGUGAGAACACUGUCGCGCGUCUUGACUCUGCUAUGCUCAAGCCAUCUCGCUGAAACACUUGCGCCACAGGCGGCUUGGCACAGAGGAGCGCCACUGUCUCAGACCAUCUUCACCUGCCUAUACAUGCACCAUCUGCCCUUGUCCAGACCCAUCUCUCUCGCUGCGAGCUUGCCAACACAAGCGUCCUUACUGUCUUGCGUUUUGCGGCCCUUCUUGCUAGGUGUGCUGAAAAGCAUGCACCUCGUCUGGGAUGAAUUGGUCAGGGACAAUGUCAUCGAUGUGGGUUGAGACAUGCCGCACCUGUGCACAUCUACAUCGCAGUCGAUCUUGACGCUCUCUUGUUGCUCUAAAUGCCAGGGCGAAGACUACUUCGGUGAUAAAGCUGGACUACACAUUGCCGAAGAUAUCCCCGUGGGUGACGUACUCGAUCAGCUGGAAGAAGCGAUUCAAUGGCUAGACUCGGGUGCACGGGAUGAUGAGACAGGCAAAACUGCAGGUGAGACGCAGGCAGCCUUGAUGCUUUGGUGCAAACAAUUACUCAUACCCGCAGAUCGCAUUCGUGAUACUCCUGCUUAUCCCCGGAGCAGCCCUUUCAACUACUCAGCUGGUUGCGUUGAAGCAUAGACUUGAGCUGCGAUUCGUGAGUAGCUACUUUUGCGCCUCUGACAGAAUUUUGAAGCACUCUGCAAAGCUGACGAGAGCGUGGGCCGCGCCCCCUAGUUCUUUCUCCAUAGCGUGGCCCUGCUGGCGUAUGGAAACACCGUGCGAAGACUCGACGCUUCAUGGGUAUUGGGCCGUCAAGCUACCCAGCUGCAACGCUCAGAUGAUGCACUCAGCGCUCUGCCCACCGUCCUUGACAUGCUAAUGGGAGUCAAUGAACGAUUUGGCUCUCAUCCAGAGGGUAGCCCGAUCCUUCAGCGAUUGGCGUACCACAAGACAGGAGCUUACGAUGCACCAUCAGAAAAAUCAAGAGCUGCUUUCGACACGAAUUUUGCAAGGCGGCUUGUCUCAGGUAGUGGCAGGCGUGUCGGAAUACCUCCGCCAGCCCCUGUUGAGCUUCCAGCACCUGUAGAGAUUUACAUCUUCUUCAAGGAAUAUGUUGCAGGGCUUAGAGCGGUGCAUGGCAUGUAUAGAGAGCCGUCCUGGCGAAGCUGGAAGGUGAGCGGUGCGAAUCAGACGCAAAGUAGCCUGCGCGCUGACCCUUCUUGAGCGCGCGUUGAACAGAACGCGAUGAGUGUGCAAGCGUUGCAAUUCCAGAGCGCGCCUUCCACGGCAUUCAUUCGCUCAACUCUACAUGUACGUUUGUUUGCCUCCCAAUCGCUCCAUCCACACGCGGCCUCAGGCUCACUCUGCCACCUUGACACAGUCCCUGAUCUGCUCCAACAAUGAAGCCGCAUUCGGGAAGCAGCCCUUGACCUUCCUCUUCAAAGAUAUGGUGCAGAGCGCCACAGGCUAUUCGAUCGAUCGCAUCAAAUCCGGAAUUGUGGAUGCAGGGACUGUCGAGGCAGCUCGGUGGGUGAAGGAACGAGAAAGUCGAACCUCAGAUGUGCUCCCAAUUUUGGAAUCCCUGGAGUGGUUCGUUGCGCGGGCGGCCGGUCAAUUGUCUGGCGUGCUCGGCGCGCUGGCUCAAAACAGAAGUCGAGGCAAAAGACGCCUGGCGAAGACGUAUGCGGACUGGCUUCCUCUUUCGGAGGAAGCUGCAGAAUUGGGCAAAAAGAUCAGACGCGCUCUCCCAGUAAGUAUAGGUGCUCCCUCCUGGCCCGGCUGCUCUCGCUGACUUGACAUCGACUGCUCUAGGCGGACGCCAGAGCGUUCCACCCUGAGGCGUUGUCUGCGGCCUGUCAACUGGUCAGUCUGGACAUGAUGCUGCACAUCACCCUUUCUGGGUUUGAACUCGAGCUUUACGCUCCACAAGAGCGAGCUUACGCCCAUUGGGUGACCCUCAACAUCGCCACUGAGCAGCAUGACAUCCUGCAAAGUCUGAAGGACGACGUGUCAGCAAGGAGGGCAGCACGUCCGGCAGGUGAGCAAGUGUGAAUCGAGUGGCUCUAUGAUUGAUGUUUGACCCUGAAUCUGGCGUCUCGCUGCGUAGACGAUUGCGAGAUUUUGCGGCGCGCUGCGCUCUAUCUCGACCAAGAUUUGACUACCUGCGAAAGGCUCCAAGCAGCUAGCAAGGGGCUAUUCUUGGUGAGUCGAUCGCUCGAGACGCUUGUAAUCCCGAGCCUGUAAGCCUGAUGUUUCCCUUGCAACUGCCGAGCUUCAGCUUGCCAUUUAUAUGGAUCAUGCUGGGAGCGCCAGACCAGCUACAAAAGCAAAGACGCUCCAACCUCAUCAUGCUCGAGUCUCUCGGCGCUCCGACAUGGCAGAGGAAAACGCGGAGGCGCUGCGCUUCGCCACCUUCGAAAUGCGCUUCAAGUGGAUGAACGUGCAUCGCCAUGCUGUUCACGGGCGUAACGAAGCAUUGAAUGUCCGAAUGCAGCAGUCCAAGGCUCAGAUGACUCAGCUAUGGGGCGUUUUCCUAUCCGAUGAAGCUAGCUGGCAUCGGACAGAGGUACGUGUGCAAAAGGGCCGCUACGAGAGCCAGAAAGAGAUUUACUGAAGCAGAUUAUCCCUCUGCAUAUCAGCUCCGCGAGGUUCUAAAAUGCGCUGCCGACAAUUUUGAGGUUGCUACAGCAAAGUCUGCGCCAGAAUCUGUUGACAUUUUGCCGCUAUCAGACGCUUUUCAACAGUCUUGCGAGGAGAAUCUCGCGAAAUGUUCUUCACUCCUGCGCGAUGAAACACAUCUGACAAAAGCGCAACCCGUCGUCAAGGACCUCAUUUGGGUUCCUAGUCAGCAUCCUUGGAUCCCCACUCUGCACAUCAGACCGAUUUAA